UGACAAGAGGACAAGUGACUCUCAGAUGUCAGAGAUGAGUGAUCCUGUUACACUCUCUGUAUCAGAAAAACCCAAGCCGACUGUGAUUGGGACUCCUCAGAACUCCGUCUACACUGGAGACAAUGUUACUCUGAGCUGUAAUCUGAUGUCCACUGGAUGGACGUUUUUCUGGUACAAAGAUCAGAAAUCAAAUCCAUGUGAAGGCUCAGACACCAACACAACCACUGUGACAGUCUCUAAUGAAGGACAAGUAGAUUACUACUGUAAAGCACGCAGAGGAAGCUACUACUCAGAGAUGAGUAAACCAGCCACAAUUACAGUGACAGCAAGACCAAAGCCUGAAGUGAAAGUACAGCCAGCUGACCAUGGCUUUGUGUUUACUGGAGAAACUGUCACUUUCUCAUGUGAGAUAAAGACUGGAGGAUCCUGGGUGUAUCACUGGUUCAGGGAUAAUAAUGAACUCAGAGAUGUUAAAGGAAAGAAAAUUUACAAAAUCGCUGAUGUUAAAGAGUCUCAUAAAGGUGUUUACACAUGUAAAGGAACACAGACAUCAGACCCACAAUACACAGAGACUAGUGAUGCUGUUACACUGACUGUAUCAGAAAAACCUAAACCUCAACUCACAUCAAGCCUUAAAGGAGAUGUACUGACAGGAAACUCAGUGACUCUGUCCUGUACACUGACACCACAGUCUGCUGGAUGGAAGUUUUACUGGUACAAAUACACACAGAGCUCUGAGACUAAGACUGAAACACACCAGUACAUCAUCAGUUCAGUUAGAGUCUCUGAUGGAGGUCAGCACUGGUGCAGAGCUGGAAGAGGAAACCCAGUCUACUACACAGACUACAGUGAUGUACUCUGGGUAAAUGUUAUUGAGAGUCCUAAACCUACAGUGACUAUAAACCCUGAUACUCAGGUGUUCAUAGGAGAGACUGUGACUUUCAGGUGUGAUGUAGAGGAAGGAAGAGACACUGAGUGGACGUACGACUGGUUUACAACUGUUCGUAACACAUUGAACCCAAAUCCCACAACAAAGGAGUUCAGCACCAGCUAUGUUACAGACUCACAUCGUGGUCAAUACACCUGCAGAGGGAGGAGGACAAGUGACUCUCAGAUGUCAAAGAUGAGUGAUUCUGUUACACUCUCUGUAUCAGGAAAACCCAAACCGACUGUGACUGUGACUCCUCAGAGCUCCGUCUACACUGGAGACACUGUUACUCUGAGAUGUAAUCUGAUGUCCACUGGAUGGACUUUUUUCUGGUACGAAGGACUGACAUGGACUCCCCUGUCCCCUGAAGGCUCAUACACCAACACACACACUGUGACAGUCACUAAUAAAGGACGAGUAAAUUACUACUGUAAAGCACGCAGAGGAAACUACAACACAGAGAGGAGUGAACCAGCCACAAUUACAGUGAGAGCAAGACCAAAGCCUGAAGUGAAAGUACAGCCAGCUGACCAUGGCUUUGUGUUUACUGGAGAAACUGUCACUUUCUCAUGUGAGAUAAAGACUAGAGGAUCCUGGGUGUAUCAGUGGUUCAGGGAUAAUAAUGAACUUAGUGAUGCUAAAGGAAAGAACAUCUACAAAAUCAGUGGUGUACAAGAGUCUCAUAAAGGUGUUUACACAUGUAAAGGAACACAGUCAUCAGACCCACAAUACACAGAGACUAGUGAUGCUGUUACACUGACUGUAUCAGAAAAACCUAAACCUCAACUCACAUCAAGCCUUAAAGGAGAUGUACUGAGAGGAAACUCAGUGACUCUGUACUGUACACUGACACCACAGUCUGCUGGAUGGAAAUUUUACUGGUCCAAAUACACAGGGAGCUAUUGGACUGAGAUUAAAUACACUGAAACAGACUCCUACGCCAUCAGCUCAGUUAUUCUCUCUGAUGGAGGUCAGUACAGGUGCGGAGCUAGAAGAGGAAACCCAAUCUACUACACAGACUACAGUAAUGUACUCUCACUAAAUGUUAUUGAGAGUCCUAAACCUACAGUGACUAUAAACCCUGAUACUCAGGUGUUCAUAGGAGAGACUGUGACUUUCAGGUGUGAUGUACCAAAAGGAAGAGACACUGAGUGGACGUACGACUGGUUUACGGACAGUAACACAUUCUACACAUCUUUCACAAAAGAGUUCAGCAUCAGUUCUGUUGCAGUCUCACAUCGUGGUCAAUACACCUGCAGAGGGAGGAGGACAAGUGACUCUCAGAUGUCAGAGAUGAGUGAUUCUGUUACACUCUCUGUAUCAGAAAAACCCAAACCGACUGUGAUUGUGACUCCUCAGAGCUCCGUCUACACUGGAGACACUGUUACUCUGAGCUGUAAUCUGAUGUCCACUGGAUGGACGUUUUUCUGGUCCCCAGAUCAGAAAUCAGAAAGCUCAGACACCAACACACUCACUGUGAGAGUCUCUAAUGAAGGACAAGUAAAUUACUACUGUAAUGCACACAGAGGAAACUACGACUCAGAGUGGAGUGAACCAGCCACAAUUACAGUGAGAGCAAGACCAAAGUCUGAAGUGAAAGUACAGCCAGCUGACCAUGACAUUGUGUUUACUGGAGAAACGGUCACUUUCUCAUGUGACAUAAAGACUGGAGGAUCCUGGGUGUAUCACUGGUUCAGGGAUAAUAAUGAACUCAGUGAUGCUAAAAGAAAGAAAAUCUACAAAAUCAUUUAUGUUAAAGAGUCUCAUGAAGGUGUUUACACAUGUAAUGGAACACAGUCAUCGGACCCACAAUACACAGAAACUAGUGAUGCUGUUACACUGACUGUAUCAGAAAAACCUAAACCUCAACUCACAUCAAGCCCUAAAGGAGAUGUACUGAGAGGAAACUCAGUGACUCUGUACUGUACACUGACAUCACAGUCUGCUGGAUGGAAGUUUUACUGGUCCAAAUACACAUGGUGGCAUUGGACUGAGACUGAGACUACAUCAGACUCCAACACCAUCAGCUUAGAUAAAGUCUAUGACAGAAUUCAGUACAACACACACCAGUACAUCAUCAGUUCAGUUAGAGUCUCUGAUGGAGGUCAGUACAGGUGCAGAGCUAGAAGAGGAAACCGAGUCUACUACACAGACUACAGUAAUGAACUCUCACUAAAUGUUAUUGAGAGUCCUAAACCUACAGUGACUAUAAACCCUGAUACUCAGGUGUUCAUAGGAGAGACUGUGACUUUCAGGUGUGAUGUAGAGGAAGGAAGAGACACUGAGUGGACGUACGGCUGGUUUAGGGACAGUAACCCAUUGUACCCAUAUUCAAGAAUAAAGGAGUUCAGCAUCAGUUCUGUUACAGACUCACAUCAUGGUCAAUACACCUGCAGAGGGAGGAGGACAAGUGACUCUCAGAUGUCAGAGAAGAGUGAUCCUGUUACACUCUCUGUAUCAGAAAAACCUAAACCUCAACUCACAUCAAGCCCUAAAGGAGAUGUACUGAGAGGAAACUCAGUGACUCUGUCCUGUACACUGACACCACAGUCUGCUGGAUGGAAGUUUCACUGGUACAAAUACACAGGGAGAGAUUGGACUGAGACUAAAUACACUGAAACAGACUCCUACACCAUCAGCUCAGAUAAUGUCUAUUACAGAAUUCAGUACAGGUGCAGAGCUGGAAGAGGAAACCCAGUCUACUACACAGACUACAGUAAUGAACUCUCACUAAAUGUUAUUGAGAGUCCUAAACCUACAGUGACUAUAAACCCUGAUACUCAGGUAUUCAUAAGAGAGACUGUGACUUUCAGGUGUGAUGUAGAGGAAGGAAGAGACACUGAGUGGACGUACGGCUGGUUUAGGGACAGUAACACAUUGUACCCAUAUUCCACAAAAAAGGAGUUCAGCAUCAGGUCUGUUACAGUCUCACAUGGUGGUCAAUACACCUGCAGAGGGAGGAGGACAAGUGACUCUCAGAUGUCAGAGAUGAGUGAUUCUGUUACACUCUCUGUAUCAGGAAAACCCAAACCGACUGUGACUGUGACUCCUCAGAACUCCGUCUACACUGGAGACAAUGUUACUCUGAGCUGUAAUCUGGUGUCCACUGGAUGGACUUUCUUCUGGUACAAAGGACCGACAUGGACUCCCCUGUCCCCUGGAGGUGCAGACACCAACACACACACUGUGACAGUCUUUAAAACAGGACGAGUAAAUUACUACUGUAGAGCACACAGAGGAAACUACGACUCAGAUUGGAGUGUACCAGGCACAAUUACAGUGACAGCAAGACCAAAACCUAAAGUGAAAGUACAGCCAGCUGAAAAUGGCUUUGUGUAUAGUGGAGAAACUGUCACUUUCUCAUGUGAGAUAAAGCCUGGAGGAUCCUGGGAGUAUCACUGGUUCAGGGAUAAUAAUGAACUCAGAGAUGCUAAAGGAAAGAACAUCUACAUAAUCAGUGGUGUAGAAGAGUCUCAUGAAGGUGUUUACACAUGUAAAGGAACACAGUCAUCAGACCCACAAUACACAGAGACUAGUGAUGCUGUUACACUGACUGUAUCAGAAAAACCUAAACCUCAACUCACAUCAAACCCUAGAAGAGCUGCAUUGACAGGAAACUCAGUGACUCUGUACUGUACACUGACACCACCGUCUGCUGGAUGGAAGUUUUACUGGUCCAAAUACACAGGGAGAGUUUGGACUGAGACUAAAUACACUGAAACAGGCUCCUACACCAUCAGCUCAGUUAUUCUCUCUGAUGGAGGUCAGUACAGGUGCAGAGCUAGAAGAGGAAACCCAGUCUACUACACAGACUACAGUAAUGAACUCUCACUAACUGUUACUGAGAGUCCUAAACCUACAGUGACUAUAAACCCUGAUACUCAGGUGUUCAUAGGAGAGACUGUGACUUUCAGGUGUGAUGUAGAGGAAGGAGGAGACACUGAGUGGACGUACGACUGGUUUAGGGACAGUAACACAUUGUACCCGUAUUCCACAACAAAGGAGUUCAGCAUCAGCGAUGUUACGAAUGGUCAAUACACCUGCAGAGGGAGGAGGACAAGUGACUCUCAGAUGUCAGAGAUGAGUGAUUCUGUUACACUCUCUGUAUCAAAAAAACCUAAACCUCAACUCACAUCAAACCUUAAAGGAGAUGUACUGAGAGGAAACUCAGUGACUCUGUACUGUACACUGACACCACAGUCUGCUGGAUGGAAGUUUCACUGGUACAAAUACACAGGGAGAGAUUGGACUGAGACUAAAUACACUGAAACAGACUCCUACACCAUCAGCUCAGUUAUUCUCUCUGAUGGAGGUCAGUACAAGUGCAGAGCUAGAAUAGGAAACCCAGUCUACUACACAGAUGACAGUAAUGAACUCUCACUAAAUGUUAUUGAGAGUCCUAAACCUACAGUGACUAUAAACCCUGAUACUCAGGUGUUCAUAGGAGAGACUGUGACUUUCAGGUGUGAUGUAGAGGAAGGAGGAGACACUGAGUGGACGUACAACUUGUUUAGGGACAGUAACCCAUUGUACCAAUAUGCAACAACAAAGGAGUUCAGCGUCAGAUUUGAUAAAGUCUCACAUCGUGGUCAAUACACCUGCAGAGGGAGGAGGACAAGUGACUCUCAGCUGUCAGAGAUGAGUGAUCCUGUUACACUCUCUGUAUCAGAAAAACCUAAACCUGAACUCACAUCAGACCUUAAAGGAGCUGCACUGACAGGAAACUCAGUGAUUCUGUCCUGUACACUGACACCACAGUCUGCUGGAUGGAAGUUUUACUGGACCAAACCCACACAGAGCUCUGAGACUGAGACAGAAACACACCAGUACAUCAUCAGUUCAGUUAGAGUCUCUGAAGGAGGUCAGUACAGGUGUAGAGCUGGAAGAGGAAACCCAGUCUACUACACAGACUACAGUGAUGAACUCUGGGUAAAUGUUACUGGUGAAUCUUCUCGAGUGUCUCUGAUCAUCAGACCGAGCAGAACUCAACACUUUACUGCUGACUCUCUCUCACUGAGCUGUGAGGACCAGAGUGAUUCUACUGGAUGGACAGUGAGACGAUACACACAAAAUGAGACAUCGUCCGAUUGUUCAUCAGUUUCAGGAUCUACAUGUAACAUCGGCUCCCUCUCUACAUCACACACUGGAGUUUACUGGUGUCAGUCUGUAUCUGGAGAACGCAGUAAUUCUGUUAACAUCACAGUGCACAAUGGUGAUGUGAUCCUGGACAGUCCUGUCCAUCCUGUGACUGAGGGACAUCGUUUGAUUUUACGCUGUUUAAAUCGCUCAAAGCUCUCAGAGUCUCGUGUUUAUUUUUACAAAAAUAAUUCCAUCCUCCAGAACCAGACUACAGGAGAGAUGAUCAUCAGUAGUGUCUCAAUGUCAGAUGAAGGUUUCUACCACUGUAAACACCCAGAGAGAGGAGAGUCACCGAAAAGCUGGGUUUCAGUCAAAGUUUCAGCUCCUGGAUUACCUGGUUUAUUUAUAGGACUAAGUUUGGCCUGUCUGUUUGUCAUCAUAAUGAUCUUACUGAUCCUGUUCUUGCUCUUCAAGAAGAAAAAAGGUGUACAAUCUCCAUCUCCUGCAGUGAAUCAGGACACAAAUCAGCCUGCAGUUGGUGACAAUGUAUAUGCAAAUACUGCUAUCAUGACCACAGAUGAUGCUGCAGCUGCCUCCAGCAAUACAGUCUACCCACAGGUUAUGGCUAGAAAAAAGAAACAAAAUGAUGAUGCAGCCAGGGGGCCACAGGAUGUGUUAUAUUCCCAAAUUGAAAUGAAACUGUGCAAUAAAGAGUCUGAUGCUAAACCAAGUGAUGUGACUUAUGCUGAAAUUGACACGAAACAAAUAAAGAAACCAAAGAGAAAACAAGGAAAGAGCAGUGAGGGAGCUGACACUGUGUACUCAGAACUGAAGCAGAACACAGAUAAAGAGGAUUUACCUGAAACUGGUGAUGUGACUUAUGCCCAGGUCAUAAAGAAGGGCAAAAAAGGAUAAUGAAAGGUAAAAGGUGAAAUGAAAGGUCCAUGAGGAAAACUGUCAAACCAGGAAUUGUUGAAACAUUCAAAAAAAAAGAAAAAAGAAAAAUGGGAAAUCUAAUUUUUACCAAAACCUUUGUCUGGAAACCUUUUUGCAUUUUUUUUAAAAAUCUAGUAAUUUUAUAAAGUCAUCAUUUGAAUAAUCCUGGAAGAACAGCUUCUGAAUAUAUUCAUCCACACAUGUUGGAUGGAAUAUGGCUUGAUUACGUUUAAACUAAGUUGCCAGGUUAACAUUUAUUCCAUAUAACCCAGUAUAACUAACUGGUAACUGGUUACUAUUCUAAUAUUAUUAGUAGUGGUGGUAGUAGUAUUACAGUUUAUUAAAAAAAAUCUUAUAUUUAUAUUUUUUAUUAUUUUUUAUUAUUUUGUAAAAAUGUUAAAUUUAUAUAUGCAUUUUUGUUUAUUUACUCAUUUAUUUCUUAUUACUGAAUUGUAAAAGUAAUUUGAUUUUAGAUUUAAAAUCCAUUCGUGCAGUACAAUUAACUUUAGCUGUUUAAUUAUGGAUUUUUUUUAAUUAUGGUAUAUAUGAUUAUAUUUUGUAUUUUAUUAUUGUACCUUUUUAUUAUUCUGCUUUUGGGACUUUUGUUGCCUGUAUUAUCUCAGACUAUAAGUAGUAUACAAAAUGUUUAAGUACAUUCAUAUUUAAUAUUUUUAUUGUAUUUUAAUUCUAAAUAUAUAAUGGCCUAUUUCAAAAUAUUUUAAGUUUUUAUUUAAUUUUUUA